AUGAACAAGAAUGGUGUUAAAUCAAUAACUGCUUUUGUCGUUUAUCGUUAUGCUUAUAUUCAGGAACUUUCCUCGCGAGGAGUUAAAUUCAAAAUAACACAAGUAUCAAAUGUUAUUUCUAAUUCUUGGAAACAAGAACCGAAAGUUGUAAGAGAGGAAUAUAAAAAACUCGCAGAUGAUGCAAAUAAUCUUUACUGUUCUAAAUAUCAGAAAAAACAACAAUUACAAUUACCUAUAAAUCAAUCGUCUCCUGCUGAUGGCACAAAAUCCCUUUUAACUCGUUUAAAUAAUCCUUCGUCAUCCACGUCAGCAACAGACCAAGAGGAGUUAUGUAAUCCGUUAGAUACUUAUAAGAAUAAUUUGAUACCAUUUGACGAGAAUUUGAUCGAUAAACAGACUACAUUUAGAGGUCAUAAAACUAAAUGCACCGUUGCUUGCAAUCAUUGUAAAAAAAGGAAGGUAAAAUGUGAGUAUUCGGACAACGGUUCAUGCAAACUAUGUGUCAAUUUGGGUUAUGAAUGUUUAUUCGAACAACAACAAAAGAGAGGACCUAAACCUGGUAAAAAAGUUAAAUCGAAUUCACCCUGGGAAGAUUUUCAAAAUUUAAGUAAUAAAUAUAUACAAGAAGCUCGUGAAUUAGAUUUUAACGUAAAUAGAAUAAUAACUCUUCCAAGCAAUUCCAGCACACCAAAUGAUACAUUACAAAGUUCAUUACAAAGUUCAGAAAUAUAUUUGCGACAUCUUACAUAUUUGGGAUCAACAUCAAUCAUGGAAGAAUUGGACCAAACAUAUUCUCCGGAAUUUUCGGGAUUCACGACUACAUUCCCUUCCUCAAUAAACUAUGAGAGAAGGGAUUAA